GUAGUCAAAUUUGCGCAUGAAAUUUGAAAAUGCUUGUUUGUAGGGGGAAGACAUCUUGGUGAAAAAUCCUAUUUUCUUGUUCCAUCAAAAUGAAUGUUGCUGAGUUACUAGCUUUUCAGCCCGAGAGAGGAGCUAAGAGGAAAAAAGAAGAUCAAGAGGAUCAGGUGUCCAUUAAUACCAAGAAAAGACCAAUGACUGUGGACAGGCCAACAGGUUCUGGUCUGUCUGAGGAGGAAAGAUUGAAAAUACUGGAAAUGGUUGAAAAUGAACCAGAGGUUGAGGCUCUUGAUGUAGGAUCUCUGAAGAGGAUGCUUCUGCUCUUUGAGAAGAAGGUUACGAAAAAUCAAGAAAUGAGGAUAAAGUACCCAGAGAAUCCAGAAAAGUUUAUGGACUCAGAGCUUGAUUUGAAUGAUGAAAUUCAGAAGUUACAUGUUAUAGCCACAGUUCCUCAUCUUUAUCAGAACAUUGUUGAUGUUAAUGCUGUUGGAACCAUUCUAGGGUUGCUGAGUCAUGAAAAUUCAGACGUUUCCAUAGCCAUUAUUGACCUGCUUCAAGAAAUGACUGAUGUGGACACACUGAAUGAGAGUGAAGAAGGUGCUACUGCUCUUAUAGAUGCACUUCUUGAUGAGCAAGUAGUUGCCCUUUUAGCCCAAAAUCUGGAUAGACUGGAUGAAAAUGUCAAAGAAGAUAGUGAUGGUGUACACAAUACAUUAGGAAUCAUAGAGAACAUGACAGAACUCAGACCUACAGUGUGCCAGGUGGCAGGUGAGCAAGGAAUGCUGGGAUGGCUUCUAAGACGACUCAAGCAAAAGCCUCCUUAUGAUGCAAACAAACUAUACUGCAGUGAAAUUCUCUCUAUCCUUCUUCAAAGUACAGAAGAAAACAGACAACUUCUUGGAGAACUUAAUGGAAUUGACACACUACUACAAUGUCUAUCACUGUACAAGCGAUACGACCCUACCUCAUCAGAUGAACUAGAGUUUAUGGAAAAUCUUUUCAACUGUCUGUGUUCCUCUUUGAUGCACAAUGCAAACAAAGAUCUGUUCUUGAAGGGAGAGGGACUUCAGCUAAUGAUUCUCAUGUUAAGAGAAAAGAAACUCUCUCGGAGAAGUUCCUUGAAGGUGCUAGAUUACGCCAUGCAGGGAGCCGAAGGAGCUGAAAACUGCAGCAAGUUUAUUGAAUUUCUGGGACUUAGGAGCUUAUUUCCGUUAUUUAUGAAGCCCUUCAAGAACAGCAAGAAAGUUGGGUCCUCAGAAGAAGAAACUGAAGAGCACACUUGCUCAAUAAUAAUGUGGUUGUUUAGAAACCUAUCAGGGAACUUAAAGAGCCGUCUUGUGCAGAAAUUUGUGGAAAAUGAUCACCUCAAAGUGGAUAGAUUAAUGGAACUUCACAUGAAAUACCACAACAAAAUACAAGAGUGUGAUGCCAAGAUAGAGAGAGAGAAACAGGAGCUUCAAGAUGAAGGCGAAGAGGUAGACGAGGCGUUAGAGGACGAGUUUUACAUGCGGAGACUGGACGCCGGUCUGUUCACACUGCAGCUAAUUGACUGUAUCAUCAUGGAAGUGUGCUGUUCUGGUGUCUCCUCGAUAAAACACCGUGUGGUUACUCUGUUAAACCAACAUGGAGGUUCUUUGAAAGAUAUUAGAGCAAUUAUGAGAGAAUAUGCUGCGAGUGUGGGAGAUGCCAAGAGCAAGGAGAGUCGAGAAGCUGAAAAGAAGAGAAUCCUGUCGCUUAUCGAUCGAUUUUAAAACCGCUGAACUAUGCAUUCGGUGAUCGAGGCUCUUAGUUUGGCCCAGUUGUACACGUCUCGACUUGUGAGCUUACAGAAGCGUUCGCAUAUCCAAACGCAGCAAGUCGGUUUCUCGACUGUAACAAUUUCUUGAAGUUACAAUUCCAGUGUGAACUUACGAUUUUGCAAAGUAUUCCUGUCUGCGAGUCUACGUUUCACCAUUAAACUGGGACAUAAAAUACAACAAUAUCUUCUAAAUGUUCAAAACAUUUUCCAUAAAUGAACAGAUCUUCUGUUUUAAUUAAAUUGUAAAGCAGUUGUU